AUGGAACACGCAAUCGCGGCGCCGUUCUGCACGAGACAGCUUGCGGACCUGGGCGCGAGGGUAAUCAAGGUGGAGCGGCCCGGGGUGGGUGACUUUGCGCGGGCUUAUGACAGACGGGUCAAUGGCCAGGCGUCGCAUUUUGUAUGGGCGAACCGCUCAAAGGAGAGCCUCGCGCUCGAUCUGAAGAAAUCCGGGGAUCUAGGCGUCCUCAGGGCGCUGGUGGGCCGCGCGGACGUGCUUGUGCAGAACCUUGCUCCCGGGGCGAGCCGGCGCCUGGGACUGUCGUGGGAGGUGCUCAGGGAGCAGAACCCAGGGCUCAUAGUCUGUGAUAUCAGCGGUUAUGGGUCGGACGGGCCCUAUCGUGAUAAGAAGGCAUACGACCUCCUUGUGCAGUCCGAGGCGGGGUUGCUGUCUGUGACGGGGACCGAGGACGAGCCCGCCAAGGUCGGGAUUUCCAUCGCCGACAUCUCGGCGGGCAUGUAUGCCCUCACCAACAUCCUCGGCGCGGUGAUUGAGAGGGGGAGGACGGGCAAGGGGAGGCGCAUCGACAUCUCGAUGCUGGAGAGCAUGGCCGAGUGGAUGAGCUUCCCUCUGUAUUAUACGUUUCAGGGCCAGCCGCCUCCGUCGCGGGUCGGGGCAGCGCACUCGACCAUCUACCCGUACGGCCCCUUCACGACCGGCGACGGCGGGUCGGUGAUGCUGGGCCUGCAGAACGAGAGGGAGUGGUCCAGGCUGUGCAGCGAUGUGCUCGACGACGCACAGCUGGCGGCGGACCCGAGGUUCACGUCCAACAGCCUCAGGGUGGAGAACCGCGGCGAGCUCAGGGACAUCAUCUACAAGGUGCUGUCACGGCUGACGGCGCCGGAGCUGCUGGCGAGGCUGGAGCGCGCCGGCAUCGCGAACGCAAAGAUCAACGACAUGCAGGGUGUCUGGGAGCACCCGCAGCUCAGGGCGCGGGGGCGAUGGACCACGAUCGAGACACCGGGGGGCCAGGUCCCGGCCUUGAUACCGCCCGGGUUUGCCGCGGUCGAGGAGGCUCGGAUGGAUGCUGUCCCGGCCCUGGGUGAGCAUAAUGAGAAGAUCAUGGCUGAACUCGGCAUGGAGCCGGCCUGA